UGAAUAAACUUUACAAACUUUUUAUUACAAGGAAGAACAAGGCAUCUUCCUCUUAAAGGACGAACAAGACAAAGCACAAUUCGGAGAAGACAAAGAGGGACCAACAAUGGUUUUGUUAUGGAAACUAUCGUGUAGCAACUGUAGAAUGUAGAAAGGCCGGACUCAGAGAACCACAACAGAGAGAAAAAAGGAAGGGGGAAGAGAAACGUCGCCCCCCUGAAUUUUUUCUCUGAAGUCCUGCAAUGCGCCCGCCUCUCUGCUUCCGCUUCAGAGACGACCAAGACUCAACCUUCUUUCCCCCUAACGCACACGGCGAAUUGUCAACCAACCUUAUUACCCUUUGACACUGUUUCUCUGUGUUUAAGUCGUUCAUUUUACAACAGUCAGAGAAAAAUCUACUGUAAACAAAAAUGGCCUCUGUUUUUCGCCGGGAAACCCAACAAUACCCACUCUGCGAGCUUCGAGCAGAGUGAAACCAUGGCCACAGACUACAUGAAUCUUGGGUUCGAGCCCUCUGAUCGCGGCGAUGCCGACGAUGAAGGUAAAGAGGGAGAAUCCGCCACCAGACUGUCGCCGCCGGGGACGAAUGUGAGGCACCACCAAUUGAGAAGGCGGAGAGGCGGUUGCGCUUCUGUUGAUUUCGUCAAUUCGUCGUCCUGCGAAGGCGGUCUGAAGGAUUUACCGCCGCCGACGCUGCCGAAUUUCGAUUCUCUUCCCGUUCCCCCUCGUCACAACUCUUUCCACCGCUGCUCUGUUUCCUCGGAUUUCGGGAACCAGAUCGGCGGAGGCGGGAAUUUGUUUCGGCACCGUGGACGGUCGUUUACGCAGAAGAGGCUUACGAGGCAGAGGAAGCUGCGGCAUCUCGGCACCGAUGAGCUGCCGACGAUGUUGACCGAACGGCGUUGUUCUAAUUCGCAACCGGUGUCGCCGGAUUCCUCGGAGAAGCCGCCGUCUCCUCCGGGCGACGGGUCGGGGCGGUACUUCCCGGUGCCCCAACCGUUACCGCUGCCACAUCGUCGUUUCCACAGGAGGCUGCAGUCUGCGGGUCCAAAUUUGGGGUCGGGUCACAACAUCGGGUCGCCGGACAAAAUCCCGUUCUCUUCCUCCCGCGGAAAGGUCCGGCAUUCCAGCGACCAAGAGAUCAUCACGCUAAACCGCAGCCGUUACUCGCCGCCGGAGUCGCCGGAUUUCAUCGCCAAGGCGAGAUCUUCGCCGGGUAAUUCGGACCGUCGGUCUGUAUCACCCUUACCGCAACCGCUGCCGCGUCCUGAUUCGUUCUUGAGUAGGAGGCCAGAGUCGCCCGUUCGUACCUUGAGCAGGAGGCCAGAUUCGCCCCUCCGGUCACCGAACGGCAGCGGGAAGAGCUCGUCUUCAAGGAAUGAUCAGAACGAGAUCGCCAGCAGGCCAGCUUCGAGAUCCUCGAGCAAUUGCCACGAAAUCAAUUUGUUGCCGAGGAGCUCAUCCACCAGCUAUUUCGCGAAUCUUUUCCCUUCUCGGCUCGCCACAGAACCGCCAUUGAUAUCUCUCAGCAACCGCCGGAAGGAGCUGCCCAAAGAUCUGAACGUCUGCCUUUCCUGCAAGUCUGGUUCCGUUCAUUCUCCACAGAGCACUUCUUCAAGUUGCUCUAGUCGUGCAGUCAGUCCACAUAGGUUAACGGCUGCUGGGAAUUGUUUGCCGUGUCCUGACGAAGUCCAUUUCCAUUCCGAUUUUGAGGUUCCAGAGUUCAGGCCAUCUGGUAACAUCUCACCAUCGUCAUUGGUGAAACGUGCGCAAUCUAGCCCUGAUGUUUCCCCACUCCCGAGCCCAACAUUACAGAAAUCGUUCCCUUACCCAAGGAGUCCCUCCAAAUCUCCAGUUCCAUGGCACCAAACAUAUGAAGGCAGCAUCAAUCAGCUCAAUCCUUGCCCGUUGCCCUUGCCGCCUCCUUCGGUGGCUGCAUCUCCACCACAGUCGUAUAAUCCAUCACCCUGUAGAUCUCCACGAGCUACGCUUGAAAAGACGCCUACUCCCCCGAGAAGGAAUCAAUGGCAGAAAGGGAAGCUUAUUGGUCGUGGUACAUAUGGAAGUGUUUAUGUGGGAACCAACAGUGCGGUGAUGGUCAUUGAUAUGUUUGACAGGGAUACUGGAGCUCUGUGUGCUAUUAAGGAAGUUGACAUUAUCCCUGAUGAUCCCAAGUCUGCCGAAUGUGUGAAGCAGUUAGAGCAGGAAAUUAAAGUUCUUCGGCAUCUGAAGCAUCCAAACAUAGUACAGUAUUUGGGCAGUGAGACGGUAGGUGUCCUUUCAGCUCGUGCUAUGUUUCCAUUUCUGGAAGUCCUCGGUUCAAUUAGGAGAUUGCUUGGUGGUUUUCAGGUUGAUGAUCACUUCAACAUAUAUCUAGAGUACGUGUAUCCUGGGUCAAUCAGCAAAUAUCUCCAGGAGCAUUGUGAAGAUAUUACAGAAUCUAUUGUCCGCAACUUCACCCGUCAUAUUCUAUCUGGAUUGGCUUUCUUACACGGGACAAAGACUAUCCACAGGGAUAUUAAAGGUGCAAAUUUGCUAGUUGAUGCAUCGGGCAUUGUUAAGCUUGCGGAUUUUGGGAUGGCAAAACAUCUUGCAGGCAUCUCAUAUCAGUUGUCGCUGAAAGGCACUCCCCAUUGGAUGGCUCCAGAGGUCAUACAAGCUGUGAUGCAGAAAGACGGCAGUCCUGAUCUUGCGUUUGCAGUUGAUAUAUGGAGCUUGGGUUGUACUGUAAUUGAGAUGUUCACCGGUAAACCUCCAUGGGGUGAACUUCAAGGGCCUCAGGCAAUGUUCAAGGUGUUGAACAAAUCUCCGCCAAUUCCAGAAGCUUUAUCUGCUGAGGGAAAAGAUUUCCUUUUGAGCUGCUUCCGUAGAAACCCGGCUGACAGACCAACCGCUCUUGCCCUGCUUGAACAUCCUUUUGUGACAGGUUAUUCAAGUGAUCUCAACGGAACAACCAGCUCUCCAGCACCCUCUUUCGCAAUGCUUAUGGAUAAACCACAAGCGCCCAGAAAGCCUGCUGCUAGAAGAUUUGAUAUACUGCCAACCCUCCAAGGCACAAGGACGAUGAUUGAGACACUGUCCAUCAACAAGCAAGUUAUCAGUAAUAUGCCAGUGAGCAACCAUCCUUUGUCAAUUUUAAGAAGUCAUGGAAGGGAGGUUUCCUACAUGUGAAGCAACCGCUCACUGUUAGGACAUUGGUUAGGACCUUUAGCCGUUUCUUCUGUAAAACUCACUGCCAGGAAUGGGGCCGUUCGCAGUCUAGGUCCGGCUGGAUGAGAGUCGACAUGUCCAUUGCCGGUUGAUUCAUUUGUUCCUUCUAGUAUUUCCUCUUCUUCUUCUUCUUCCUUGUUCAUAUUCCUUGUUAGGAAUUAUAGCUUGUGUGUAUAUACUUACAAAUUGCAUUCAUGCAUAUGUACCGGAAAGACACAGAGAGUAAUUUAGGGUGGGGAGGAAAGGGAGGCAAAAAUGGAAGUGUACAUAGGUAAGAGAAACAGUCUGAUAAUGCUUCCUUCGAAUUUGGUUCAUCUCUUUGACUGAGGUAAAAUAUUUGCCUCCAAUUUGUGGUUGUAUAAGUAACAAAUAUGGAGCAUUCUGCUCAGGACAAUUUCAUUUUACUAUAUUUCUUGUUAGGUAAAUUUUAAUGUUCGUCGCC